AUGUCGUGGAGUACGGGGCAGCACCUGCCCCUUGGGCUCCCCAGGGUCACGCUGCGGAAAUCAGCGUCGAUGUACACUGAAAUACAGCGGGAGCGACCGGACAGUGGGAAUAUCCUGACUCACCCGGACUACAUAGAUGGAAACCCAGACCUCAUCAAACCUAAAAAGCUCCUAAAUCCUGUCAAAGCCUCGAAGAGCCACCAAGAGCUGCACAGAGAGCUGCUGAUGAACCACAAAAGAGGCUUGGGCGUGGAGAGCAAGCCAGAGCUGCAGCGGGUGCUCGAGCACCGGCGGCGAAACCAACUCAUCAAACAGAAGAAGGAGGAGGAAGAGGCAAAGAAACUGCAGUCUCCUUUCGAAAAAGAGCUUUUAAAGAGGCAGCAGAGGCUGGAUCAGGUAGAGCUGAGUUUUCAGUCAUGCCCAGGUUAUCCUAACCACCUCGCAUGA